AAAAUGGUUUUGUUUCAAUCCUUCGUUUGGCUUUGGAAAUAACGCGUCCAGGUCUAACAUGGAAUGAAAUGAUCCAAUCGGAGACGAACAAAAAUGGCGCAUUUACUUGUGAAAAAGCUAACCGAGUAACAGUUCCUGAUGCCAGUCAAGCGCGAGCUCAUCAUUUUUCAGUAAAAAAAUAACCCAAAAAAAAAGAAGAGAGGAUACCAAUUCGCUCUCAAUUGCUUAACAGAAGGAGACCCAAAUUUUUUGUGAAAUGGCAUGGCCUUCUCUUUCUCUAUCUUUGCUCCUGCUUGCCUCCUCAACUCCAUUGCAGCACUGUCCUUGACCUUCCUCUCCGCUUUCUUUUUCUCCAAAUCACCAUUUUACUCAACAUCCUCUGAAAUCCCUCGCAGAUCUCUCCUCUCACAAUCCCAUAACCAGACCCUCCUCCCUCUCUCUUGUUCCUCUCUUCCCUCCACCAAUGGCCUCAUCGACUACCUUUCUAUCCACUUUUGUCUCCUCGAAGGAAACCUUUUCCUGUCGAUUCCUUCCCUUUCUUUGUUCAUUCUUCUCCAUUUCUAUAUCCUCAUCAAAACAGCCCAAUCCCAUUUCUCUAUUGUCACCACCAAGCUCACCAAUCACUUGAACCUAUCUCCAAGCAUGGGUGGAGUGACCCUUUUGGCGCUAGGCAAUGGGGCACCCGAUGUUUUUGCAUCUCUUGCGGCAGUUCGAUCUGGGCAGUACAGAACUGGGUUUGGGGCUAUACUGUCUGCUGGUACUUUUGUUUCUGCGUUCGUGGUUGGAUUCGUGGCGAUAUAUGCAGCACCAUUUAAUGUGGAUCCUGGGUCUUUUGUGAGGGAUGUUGCGUUUUAUUUAGUGGGAGCUUUGUUUCUAUUUUAUGUGUAUUUGAGUGGGGAGAUAACUUUUUGGCAGGCUGUUGGAUUUGUUGGAUUUUAUAUUUUCUUUGUUGGGUUUGUAUUUUGGAUGGAUUUGGGAACUGGCGUUGUUCAUAAAAAGGAUGGAGGAGAAAUGGAUUGUGAGAAAGGCGGGGCAGUGGUGGUGAGCAAUUUGGAGGAUGAGAAGCAUGGUUCUGGGCCCUUCGAAAUGGCUUAUGGAAAGAUCUCAAAAGUAUGGGAGUGUCCAAUCUCAUUUCUCCUUAAGCUCACAAUUCCGCAAACUUCCCCUUCAGAGUGGAGCAGGUUCUAUGUAUCUGCCAAUAUAGUUCUUUGCCCUCUAGCGCUUCUAUAUACUUGCAAUUCAUUCAUGCCAUUAGAGCAUCCCGUAGUGUUCCUCCUUUCAAACGCCCAUUUCCCACUUUGGUUCAUAGUACUCAUGGCAAGCUCCUCUCUUGCACUUCUUCACUUCAUACUGGAAAAGGAACCCCCAAAGACUGAGCAAAUGCCUAUAGUGCUUGUGGCAUUUAUAAUGAGCGUCUUCUGGAUAUCUACUGUUGCUGGAGAAUUGUUAAACUGCUUGGCUGCCCUUGGACUGCUUCUUGAAGUGCAUCCUUCAAUCCUUGGCCUUACAGUACUUGCUUGGGGAAACUCAGUGGGUGAUCUUGUGGCUGAUGUUGCAGUUGCCAGAGCUGGGCAACCAGCAAUGGCCAUGGCUGGGUGCUUUGCUGGGCCAAUGUUUAAUAUGCUUGUUGGACUUGGAUCAGCAUUGGUGGUGCAAACAGCUGAUGUUUAUCCAAAAGCUUAUGAACUUGAUCUCCACACUGGUAUUGUGAUUGCAUUUGUGUUCUUGCUCUUGAGCCUGAUGGGAUCUCUGCUUGUUAUAACUUGGUCCAGAUUUCGGGUGCCUAGGUUCUGGGGCUUUUGCCUCGUAGGUCUUUAUGUAUUUUUCAUGGUAGUUAGCUUAGUGAUUGCUAAGUAUUCAGGAUGAUUCAUUCAAUCCGUAAUGUCAAAGUUUUGUUCAGUUAUUGCUAAAUACUUUACGCCACUUAUAGUAAAUCUCUCACCCUGUAUGUUAGGGGUUAUGCAGUGUAUACGCAUUGAUAUGAAGAGAAUAUUGCAAAGAUUAUGGAAUUUUUAGUCUGUAAUCUGAAAAUUUUAGUUUGUAUUC